AAUUGGUGAUUGUAUAUAAAAGCUGUCAAAUACAAUCAUAUGCAUUAAGGACACUACACUAGAGAACAUUCAAAACACUUGCUCUGAUCAGAUAACACAAUCAUGAAGAAAUCAUUAGCAGAACUGGUUUUCAUUCCUCUUCCCUUUUGGAGCCAUCUCAACCCAGCAAUCGAAGUUGCGAAGCUCCUAAUCAAACAUGACCAUCGUCUUUCUAUUACAAUGCUCCUCAUGAAAUCUCCAACAAUGGACUCCAAGUUGGAUUCCCACAUCGAAUCCCUUGCUUCUUCGAAGUCUGACCGUCUCAACUUUAUCAUUCUUCCUUGCCAUUACCCAUCUUCACAAACCACCACCAUGACUUCCUUCGUAGAGCACCAGAAACCCCAUGUCAAGAACUUCGUCUCCAAGCUCAUCGACUCUACCCGGCUCGCUGGUUUCGUCGUUGACUUGGUCUGCACGUCGAUGAUGGAGGUGGCUAAGGAAUUUGGUAUUCCAUACUAUGUUCUUUCCACGGCGAGUUCAGCUUCUGCUAGCCUGAUGUUCCACCUCCAAGCUCUAUACGAUGAGUGUAACAUAGAUUUCGCCGAGUUGAAGAACAACCGGGACGGCGAGUUAGUCCUGCCGAGUUUCAUGAACCCGGUUCCAAUUCGAGUCUUGCCUGAUAUGAUGCUGGACAAGGCUGAGUUCUCUUUGUUCAUUAAUUAUUUCAGAAGCACUAGGGAAGCCAAGGGCAUUAUCAUAAACACGUUCGUGGAGUUAGAAUCCCAUGUGCUCCGUUCCUUAUUUGAUGAUAAACGUCUCCCUCCUGUGUAUACCGUGGGACCCAUAGUGAACCUUCCCAGUGAUGUGGGGUCAGGAGGGGAAAACAACGACUCGGAUGAAAUGAUCAAGUGGCUUGAUGAUCAGCCUCCUUCGUCGGUGGUCUUCCUGUGCUUUGGGAAUUUGGGAACCUUUAGUGAGGGUCAAGUGAAGGAGAUUGCAUGUGCUCUUGAGAACAGUGGAAUACGAUUCCUGUGGUCCCUACGUCAACGCCCAUCCGACGGUAAGAACAGCAUCACUCCAAGUUCCUACACUGAUUCUACGGAUGUGCUGCCAUAUGGGUUUCUCAAUCGAACGGCUGAAAUAGGGAAGGUCAUUGGUUGGGCCCCACAGGCAGCCAUUCUGGCCCACCGGGCAAUCGGAGGAUUCGUAUCGCAUUGCGGGUGGAAUUCUACGUUGGAGAGCUUGUGGUUUGGGGUGCCUGUUGCCACGUGGCCUUUAUAUUCGGAGCAGCAAUUCAACGCAUUUGAGUUGGUCAAAGAGUUGGGUUUGGCCGUUGAGAUUAAGUUGGACUACGUUAUGGAUUCUAUGGAUCAGACGGUUGUAAGUGCCAGAGAGAUUGAGAUGGGGAUAAGAAAGGUGAUGGAGCAUGAUAGUAACGUAAGGAAGAGAGUACAGGAAAUUAGUGAAAAGGGUAGGAAAGCAUUGAUGGACGGUGGAUCUUCAUUCAUUUCUUUGAGCCGUUUGAUCAAUGAUGUAAUAGAGAAUAUUUCCUGAAACCAUAUCAUCCAAAUUGUGACACUAGGAUUUGUUUGCCUGUCGGAUCUUUUUUGUUCGUUAUAUAAAAGCAUUUUCCAUAUGGUA